GCACAUCGAGGCGGCCUGCUGACCGUGACAGAUCUGACGACGGUGAGAAACUGUUAUCGAUGCAGCGCUAUCAAUCAGCUGUUAUUAGGUGCGUGUGGAUCUACGUGUGUGUUCUGCAUGUGUGUUUUAAAUAAAUAAAGAACGGUCCACGAGCAUAGCUUCCAGGUUGCCUAGCAACGGAAUCCAUCGGUUGUCUUGGAAACGGUUGCUGUGGAAUGUGAGGUGAUUGGCAACCGUGACAACGAGGAGGGAAUGACACUUGACCCGGUGUGCUGAGUGAGGGGGGAAGACGGAGUGAGGGAGACAGAUUAAUAAUCGUUUUCCAUUUUGGCAUUCAGCCUCUCCCCUCUUCUCCCUCAGCAGCACCUCCUGUUUUUUCACCCCUCUGCUCCUCUGACAUGCUUAUACAAAUGUACAUACACACACACAGGCAUGUACAAGCAAGGAUUCUUCUGAGGGGUCGGGUGUUAUUCUGAAUUCCCACACCAACAGCCAGAGGGCAGCGUAGAGCUCCUCCCAGAUCAGGUUUCUGCCCCUAUGGUCUCCAGCACAUAAUGGGAAGAUCAAUGCCCACCUCUUGUCUGUGUCGAAUUCCUGUCAGAGAAGAUGCCAGCGGAUAGAAUAAACUUGCUGACACACACAGCCAGUCCCCCAUCCCCCAGGAUUUUGUUUUCCCUACGUGGCUCUGGCACUGACUCUCAGGUGAGGACCUGACCCCAUUACUACCCCGGAUCAUGUCUGUGCGUCCCGCUGCCCCGAAGAGGACCCCGUUCCUCCGAGCUGCCAGGAGGCCAGCAGGCAGACGGCUGGGCCAACAGACGAUACAGUGCAUCUUCUGACAGAGAGACAGGGCCUGAAUUGUCUGCUGAGAGAUGGAGAUGAGAGAGCUGAGCGUGGUGGUCGGCAGCUUCGUGGGCUUCCAGCUGCUCUUCUCUGUGGCCAGUCCCCGGCUCUCACCGGCCUUGGCCGCUGGCUACAGCCGCCUGCCGUCCGCCAAGCGUCCCGAGUGGAACUCCAGGCUGGUGUCCACUGUCCACGCCCUCAUCGUAGGCCUCUUCUGCCUCUACAUCCUGUGGUUCGAUGGUGCCGUCAAUGAAGACCCCGUGUGGGGUGACCCCACGCUGGUCAAGCUCAAUGUGGCAAUAACAUGCGGCUACCUUCUGUAUGACCUCCUGCUACUGGCCUGCAACUGGAGCACCAUGGGAGACGGAUUUUUCGUGUGCCACCACCUAGCUGCGCUCUACGCUUAUGGAUACGUCUUGAACCGCGGAGUGCUGCCGUAUUUCGCCAACUUCCGCCUCAUUUCGGAGCUGUCAACUCCGUUUGUCAACCAGAGAUGGUUUUUCGAGGUCCUCUCCAUCCCGCGCACCAACCGCCUGGUGGUGACCAACGGUGUUAUGAUGACGCUGGUCUUCUUCCUGGUCCGCAUCGCCGUCAUCCCCUCCUACUAUACCCGGGUGGUGGCCACCUUCGGGACCCCCGCAUUCGUGCGCUUGGGAAUGGGACCCCAGGUGGCUUGGAUCGUCUCCAGCGUCUGCUUGGACAUUCUGAACACCAUCUGGAUGUACAGGAUCGCCAGGGGCUGCUACAGGGUCCUGACAGGGCGGGGCAGGGGGGGCAAAGGUGGCCCUGACAUCAAGCAAAACCAUAGCAGUGACCUCAAUAAUCACACAGACUGAGGCCAGCGCACAGGAGAUCCAUUCUCUUGGUGUGGUCCCACCCCAACGGUGAAAGUCCUUAAUCUUGGGAUUCCUAUCCUCUUAGGCAGUAUUCACGCAUGCCCCCCCCCCUCCCCCCCACUGAUGAGCCAGCCAGCCGCCCACGUCAUCUCAGAUGCCAAGAUGCCUCUCUCACCCUGUCGCCUUGCCCCCUCCCCGGAGAAGUGACCCAUCCACCUGCAUGCGGGCUUCUGGGACAGCUUAAGUUCAGCUCCACCGUAACGAAACUCCAAGUGCCUGGACAGCUGUACCCGGGGAGGGCCUUAGAAACAGCCAGACUGCGAACCCCCGCGACCCGGACGAGGAGACCACAGGAUGGGGGGGGCGGACGGGAAGCCAUUCAGGGAAACUGGGUCGACCCGGCGGCCCACGUCGCCGGGUCCGACGUGAAAGCAGUCAGUCUCAAAAAGCGUCCGUGAAUCCGCUCACGUCAUACCCGUGAGUCUCUGCUGCUUACCGUCUUCCUCGUGGGGGGAAAAAUCUCCGACAACGUCUUCCGCUGUCUGUCACACUGCUGACGAAUCCUACAAACCCGCUCUCUCAUCACGCUUCUGAGUCCUUUUCUUUAUUUUGUACGACCUCAGAUAAUCGGGGCGGGUGCAUUUACUCUUCAUACCUCUCAGACUGCUCGUGUGUGUGUUUUUUUUUAAUGCAUGUUUAGGAUUCUCCUGGACCUCGAGGCUACGGGGGACAGGUGGGCAGGUCGCGCUCUGCCUGCUGAUGUGCUGAACCGUGCUGCGUGUAGGAGGAGAGUCAUUCGGUGUUUUAGAGGGAGCUCUGUCGUAGCAGGCUGUGUGUACGUUCCGGUGAGAUGGGAAGGUGCCUUGUCAAAACCGCUUUUGGUGCUUCUCCGGUUUUCUGGCCCGAAUUAUAAAGGGAUCUGCUGUGAAGGGAUGUAUCGGUAGUUUUCUUCUUCCCUCUCUCUCUCUUUUCCCCUCUCAAAUUUAAGUGCUACAGAUUUACAGAAGAGCAGCAGCUGCGAUGAGGCUAAUCGACACGCAUUUUUUUUCCCCCCGAUUCAUCGCCACCCUGCACUGGAUGACUGUCAGUUUUUGCCUGUUUCGAUUGGCCGUUCUUUUCAGCACGCCGGCCCACAUGGGGGAGGAGCCUCGUCAGUCUGGACGGCAGUUAAACGACAGCAUUAAGAACAGGCAGUUAUCCCAGAUACACUUAUCCCCCUGAAAUUCUCUUUGUUAGAAGUGGCAGAGUAAGGUUUGUAUCCUCAGCCACAAUGAAGGAGGCAGGUUGCAGGUGCUGAGAUGCGGGUUUGACAGUUUCACGCUGAGUUUGUAAUGUGGAAGAGGACGCCCCCUAGUGACAGCGGGAUUCCCCCCGAAUUAUCUAGGCUGUCUGUCUCUCCUGUAGCACCUCACGCAGUUACCGGUAAUGAACGUGCUUGUUUCGUGUCACCGGGAUUAACGUGCAGGGCAUGUUUGAGACGUCUGACUGUAGUCCUGAAAAGACGGAGUGAGUGAUUGGUUCAUGCCUUGCCUCUGGCUGUUUUGGUGUUCACCAUUGGGGUCGUGAACGCGUGGGGGGGUGGCAUAUUGAUGUGUUGCACAGAUAUCGUCCAUAAAUACCAGACCUUGCCAUCUUCUGUUAUGCAUUAGCAAACUACAAAUAUAUACGGUGAAAUUUAAAUGUAGCGAAUGUAACGGGACAGUAUUAGCAACACGGAACAGAGACGAUGUGCAUCUGCUUAUACUGACUCACUAGAUUUUUUUGUAAAGUAUAUUUUAAAAUGUGGGAAGAUGAACCAAGCUGAUAAUCAGACUGCGUCCUGGGCAGAACUGGGCUCAGCGUCUUGGCAGUUCUGGUGCUGGUCCGGAGGACACCCGAACCCACAGGCUAGGCGACAGCCUUGGCAGGUCCAUCUGCACCCCAGCCACGUACGAUCCACGUCUAUCCCAGGUCCUAAAAAUCACAAAGGUUUUAUCUUAGCGGAAUUGUUCACGAUUCCCCAAAUAACUAAUUGGUAGUAUUGCGGCCUUUUAUCUUAAAGGCUAAAGCUACUGAGGACCAAAGGUUAUGACCUAAUAGUGUUCAGUCUCGUACAGGCCAAUGGCGUGUCAUACUGUGUCUGAAGACCCUGACAUCACAUACACAGGCGGAAUCAAUUUAAUAAGAUGACACUCAGAUAUCCAGUUAUUCAUUUAGUCAAAUCUAAUACCCUCAGUAGCCAUUUUAGUAACAUAAAAUAGUGUCCCUUCCCGAUUGGAUAAUACUGCAGGUGUCACAUGGGUAGUAAUUCUGGAAACCUGAGCUGUGGUUAUGGCAAAUCCCGGUAACUAGUUCAAUCGAGGAGAUCAGAGGGUACCGAACCUCAAGUGUCGUCAGGCAAGCUGCAGACAGAAUGGUGCUCGGCUGUACAUGCAGUUCGCGUUGCAGGUCUCUCAGUGUUUGGGAAGUGCAUUCCUGUUAUACGAUAGAGGCAAAAGCCAGGUCUGGCUUUGCAUGAUACCUAGAUACACCUAAUUUUCAACGUUGUCCAGUUUGAGAGCUCUAAGAGGACAAUUUUUACAGUUUGUAAUGGGGUUUUUUUUGCCUUCUGACUGAAUAAAAAACCAGAAGAAAGCCUUGCAUUAUUCCAUUGACAAGGCUUUGUGAAUCCUUUCAAAUAAAUGCAGGUAUGGGUGGGCACUCAAUGUUAAACAAAAAACACAGAAAACACAUUAGACGACAACUAAUAAUAAUGUAACAGAACUCAAGGAAGGGAAUUACUUGAAAUGGAAUUAUAUCAAUAAAUUUGAUCAUUGA